AUGGGAGUGUUUUUGAGAGAAAUUAUUCAGAAUGCCCCAUCCUCAGGUAUUCCUUUAGAUGAAGUUCGAUUAGGACUGAAGGAACGCCUGCAAAAUACGGGAACUACAAUGUCAACAUAUUCUUCAACAGAUAUGCAAGAAGAGGUGCUUCCUCCAUCUUGGACAAAUGUGCUUACAGAAGUAAACGAUUCACACUACGUCUGUGCAGGAAUACUAUACCCGUUUAACUGGGAGGAAAUAAUGCGGUCUGUAGCUGUAUCUAUGCCUCCCGAAGGAGUAACAGAGAAAGAAUUCAUUAAUCGAAUUGUCAGACUAGAGUCGAAGUUUUCAUCUAGUUCACUAUCUCUUCAUGGUCCUGUAUCUGAAUGGGUUCAACGCUGGUUUUCACACAUUUUUCACGUUUCACGGUCCGCAGCAACUGGAGUCCCAAUUUACCGUCUUGUAGAAGAACCAAUGUCACCUGAGGCAGAGAGUAUUAGCAGAGCGCUACAAUUGCUAGGUCGUGGAAAGCUUCCUGUGUAUACUGAUUUAGCUCUUAUUGCUCCACUUCUCCCUACCUCUAUAAACCCAGGGAAAGGUGGUUGGAUGUCCUUCUUGGAGCGUGAUGACGUACAACGAUACUUUGAUGUAAACGUCGAAGCGUUUGUUCGGAUCUCCCCUGAUCGAUCUCCCUCUACUGUUUGUGUGGAUGCUACAAGUGUGGAUGUGGCACGUAUCGACGAAAUUUUAGCAGCAAAGGGUCUGUUGGAUUCCCUGUGCUCUGUCAAGCUGUUUCGACGGGCAGACGGCCCUUCAAGAUCGGCAGAUGAUGUUGUGAUGCAAAGUUUUCUUGACCCAGAACAUGCGAUCGGUGCUGCAAUAGCCUCAUUUGGUAAGGAAAGUGACGUAAAUGUGUACGUUCUCUGUGGUGAUGCCGUUAAGGAUCGAUACAAGGUAGCACUCGCAGAUUUGUUGGGUCAUGAGGGUUCCAAAAUAAAGAUUUGCACACCCAACACUGAGGAGAUGGAAGCACCUGUGAGAUAG